CUAUACUUCGAAGUUAUGGGUUCGGCUUCGUUCUUAACUUGCAGAUGCGUAGUAUUGACCCGGAUUAUUUGCGCUUGGUAAAUGUUAAUUUUGAUGGUGAGUGAACGCACAACUAGCAUUUUUAAUUGGAUUUAUUUCCUGUUGUGUUUUCAACUUUAUCCUAAGUCAUUAUCCAUAAAAUUUGUUUCAGUAUUAAUUGUGAGCACCUGUCCUUGUAACAUUUUGUAGGUCAGUCUAUGUCGUUCCAGAUGCCUGGCGGGGUACGUUUGUAUCUUACUGAGGAUGACGUCGAACGCGUGUAUGGCUUGCCCAAGGGUACCAAUAUUGUUGAUCUUGACAUCUUCGACCAGCGCAAUACAAAGGAAUGGGCGUUGGCUCUUGGCAUAUCCACAGCCGGCCCAAAUAUGAUCGACCUAAUGCAGUUGAAGAAUGACAUGAGGAACACAAUCGAUGAUGAAUCUUGGGUGCAGAUGUGCAUUCUAUUGAGCAUUGGAUAUGUUUUGGACCCAAAUGGCAGUAUGACUGUGAUGCAUAAGUACCUUGGAUUCAUGAGGGGGAGAGAUGCUGAAGAGAUUAGAAACUUCAAUUGGUGUGGUCACAUGCUGAGCCGAGUGAGACGGGCUAUUCUUGGGAAUUCAGAUAGAAAAUAUGUGGAGGGCGAUGUGCACUUUCUCAUAUGUGCAUUCCUGGACCGGACCGGUGUGCCAAACACACCCGGAACAGUUUCUACCAUUAUACCAAGUUGUACGUUAUGGAAUGAGAAACGAGUGUCCGGUCGCAAGGAAGCAGUCCUUAGUACUUCCAAUGAUCUGAGGGUUGUCCCUAUAUUGGAUUUUCCAGGGUCUAAGACCAAUAAGAACAAACUGGUGGAGGAGAGGUUUGUUCGAAAAACUAGGGCUAAGCAUGUUGAUUCUAUGGGCAUUGCUAGAGAGGUUUGUUCGAAAGGGGUGCAACCAGAGAAUUCUGAUGGGGGAGAAUCUGAACAGAACAUGAAGCCCAAGUCGCUGUUCGAACUUAUGUCCUUGAGGACCGACCACAUGGACACGAAUAAGCUUUUGUAUAUGCGGAAGGAGGCUUUAAGCUUCCUUGCAACGCUUCGCGGUCAGGUGACCUUCUUCAAAAGACUGGUUGGUGUUUGCGAGUCAGAGUUAAUCAGUCGUGACGUCACCUCAUUUGAUGAUGAAGAUGAAGCUGUCAACGGCUCGGCCUCUCGGGAGCAGACUGUUCCUGAGUUUUCGGUGGAGGGAUCUGCUUCGAAAAUUGCAUCCCCACUUGCCAAAGGUCUUGCAGAGAUUUGCACAUCGGUUGAUAACCCCGGUUAGUUUCCUACCAAUUUCAUGACAAUUAUUAACUAGGAUUCCCAAUUCAUUACUUUUAUAGAACUUAUUAUCACUAUUUUCACACGAUAAUUAAAUUUGCCAUCCUUGUCAUAAAUUACAUAUUGAAUAUGUCAUAAAACUGUUGAUAAUAGGUUGAAAAAUAUUAAUGAAUUGGUAUUAGCAGUUAAUAAUCGUGUAUGAUGAUAUUGAUAAUAGGUUUAAAAAUAGUAAUGACUUGAUUACAUGCAAAGUUUAUUAACUGAUGAAGAUAUUCCUCUCGGAUUAACAACUUAUUAUCACUAUUUUCACAAGUUAACACGAUAAUCAAAAAAUAUGUAAUUUUGAAUAUGUCAUAAAACUGUUGAUAAUAGGUUGAAAAAUAUUAAUGAAUUGGUAUUAGCAGUUAAUAAUCGUGUAUGAAGAUAUUGCUAAUAGGUUUAAAAAUAAUAAUGACCUGAUUACACGCAAAUUUUAUUAACUGAUGAAGAUAUUCCUCUCGGAUUAAUUAUUAACAACCAUCAAUAUCAUUACUAAUCUUUCCUUCUUGGAUUAUUAACCUAAAUCGACAAUGUAAUUUUCAUGCAAAGUUUACUAUUAACCUAAACACUUGAAUUAUUAACAACUCCCACAUGAAUUGUUAAUCAUCCCUCUCCGAGUAAUGACUUUUACUUAUUAACACAUUGAAUUAUUAACCAUGUCUUUUUACGUGCAAAGUGGAUUAUUAAUUUAAACACUUCAAUUAUUAACAACAACCACAAGUAUUAUUAAUAAAUUGGUAUUAUCAGUUAAUAAUCGUGCAUGAAUAUAUUGAUAAUAGGUUUAAAAAUAGUAAUGACCUGAUUACAUGCAAAUUUUAUUACUAAUUUAAACACCUCAAAUAUUAACAGUUAACGAAGGCAUUAUUAAUUAUCCCACACCAAGUUAUUAACUUAAAUUGUUAACAACUCUGGCCUGUUUUAUUAAACAACGAGGCAGCCAAAUAUACGUGAGCAAAACAAAGUCCCAAAAACUUACCAAAAAUAACGGAAUAUCUUCAUCAGUUAAUAAAAUUUGCAUGUAAUCAGGUCAUUACUAUUUUUAAACCUAUUAUCAAUAUAUUCAUACACGAUUAUUAACUGCUAAUACCAAUUUAUUAAUAAUACUUGUGGUUGUUGUUAAUAAUUGAAGUGUUUAAAUUAAUAAUCCACUUUGCACGUAAAAAGACAUGGUUAAUAAUUCAAUGUGUUAAUAAGUAAAAGUCAUUACUCGGAGAGGGAUGAUUAAUAAUUCAUGUGGGAGUUGUUAAUAAUUACAGUGUUUAAGUUAAUAGUAAACUUUGCAUGAAAAAUUACAUUGUCAAUUUAGGUUAAUAAUCCAAGAAGGGAAGAUUAGUAAUGAUAUUGAUGGUUGUUAAUAAUUAAUCCGAGAGGAAUAUCUUCAUCAGUUAAUAAGCUUUGCAUAUAAUCAGGUCAUUACUAUUUUUAAACCUAUUAGCAAUAUCUUCAUACACGAUUAUUAACGGCUAAUACCAAUUCAUUAAUAUUUUUCAACCUAUUAUCAACAGUUUUAUGACAUUCUUAUUAAUUAUCUCGACAUUAUUUGUUAAUAAAACAAUAUGUAAUUU